GCAAAACAUUGUAGCUGGCGGGUGAAUAUUUUUUCAUCGCAGGACAUUAUCACACACAUGAGCAUAUUUCUAUGGUUCAGGACAGCAUUUUAGGACAUUUUUACUCUCAAAAUGUUUCAUUAAAAUGCUUCGGCAAUCCAAAUGAGAUGCGUUAUAGGUGAAGAUCUAUCCAUAUUUGAGACUGCUGCCUAUUGACCCAAAAGUAUAUUUAGUUUGGCUGAGAAAUCCAGUGAGAAUGAACUACAAAGAACUUGUCAACGAAGUCGCAAGGUUCCUGGACGAGUUUCAAGAAGACAAACAAUGCAUUGACAGUUUUACAGAGGAUACUGCCAAGAAUCUUCAGACUCGUUCCUCUGCUGACCAGAAGUUUAUUAUCAAUACUCUGUAUGGAUGUAUCAUGCACAAGAAGCUUUUGAAUGUUGUAGUCAACAUCUUUUACCUUCAUCAUGGAAAAAAUAUCUUCAGGGUGGACCGGAAUCUGUUUACUGUUGUCUGUUAUCUUGCCAUGUUCUGUCUUGAUGAUCUUGGCCUGGAGCAUUUCAGCAGAAUUAUCAAGUCUUUAGACAACGCAAAAAUGCACAAAUUCCUGAGUUUUUUCUUUAACGUCAACAACCUCACAACACAUAUCCAGAAGGAAUGGAGUCACAUCUAUGAUGCUGCAAUCGUGGAUGAAAACUGGAUCACCCCAUUGCUAAGUUGGUGCAGUGAGAUGGAGAUGCUGUUGGAUCAGCUCACCAUAAAAAUGGGCAUGGGGAGUGUGCCCAAAAGAUCUCCCAGGAAAAACACUGAGCCUAAGGAAUUUGAUCUGACGAAGCCUAAAGCUCGACCGCUCCCUGCUCCUGAAGUCAUUCCACAGCAGGACAAGCCCAAGCCGGUACCAGCAAGCACUCAUAGAUCUCCAAAGGAACCAGAGAUUCUGGACGAUUUGAGGCAGAUGAACCGACUGAAAGCUUUUCAAACUCUGAAUGAAGCAAACUCCCAGCAGUUCAGAUGUGCAAACCCGCAAAAGUCUGAGAAAACUCAAAACAUAAUAUCAGAGAUUAUUAAAAAGCGUGAAGCUGAACUCAAAUUUGACAAGACUUAUACUUCUGGGAGCCCUGCAACUCAAAAGACAAACAGCUUGCCUGUCAGACUGAACACAACUGCCAUUCUGCGCGAGGGAGCUUUAUAUAAUAGACAACUGGAAGGAGAGUUACAAAGAUUAGAGCAACUAUCACAGGGUGCAAGCGAACCAUCUUCAUUCCUGCAAUGGCAGAAGGAGAUGAAGGAGAAGGAUCUGCAGGAGGAACUGGCAGAACUGGAGCGCCGAAGACUAGAAGGACGAAUAAGCUACGAAGAGGCUGUUCUUGCUCGUGAGCGAGUUUUGAAGCAUAACCGCUAUAAAGCGCAGGAGACGAAAGAAGAGACUGCAGAGCUCAUGCGCAAGUAUGCAGAGAAACGACUGAAGGAGGAGAAGGAAAUGAGGGAGCUGGUGCAACAAGUGGCUGAUGGUCACAAGAGCUCCAAAGCUGCCAAAGCUAGGCUCCAAGAAAUCAAACAACGAAUAGUUAAGGAGGUCUCAGAGCAGAGCAGGGAACUACUCAGCCAGGCUUUGGAGGAGGCACAGGCCGAACUGAGCAGGAAGAUGGAGCUCAUACGUCAGAUUCGUGCUUUUGAGUUAGUCCCUAUGGUCAGACAAAAGUUUAUUGAUGAAACUGAGACCGCGGGUCAUGAUUUGCUUUGUGAGAUGUCUCUGGCGGAGCUACGGGAGCGUUUGGCUCUCCUGAGAGAGUCAGAGCAGUGUGAUCUGGAGGACAGAAGACAGCGCAUCUUCCAGGAGAAACAGUUUAAAGAGCAACUACUGCUGGAACAGUUGGACAACAUCGCUCUACGAAGAAAUCUGGCAGAGCAGGCUGCUUUGCGCAGUCAACAAGAAAAAAAGAUGAGAAGUGAACUGCGGGAGGCGGUCUUUAAAGAUAAAAGAGUCCUAGCUCUACAGAAGACCUUGGAACAGAAACAGCAAGAAAGACAAAAGAGAAAGACUGAAAAAAACACUGUGAAGAAAAAUGAACAGGUGCUUCCUCUGACGUUGAAGACCUCCCUUAACAAAAAGCAGGUUCUUGAAGAACACCACUGGCAGGAGUUGGAGCGCAAUUUGGAACAACAGAUUCAUGGGGCCUUCCAGCAGUCGGUCUACAAAUAACUGCUGGUCAAAACCACAGGCGAGUUUUUCUUGAUAGUGAUAGCCAUGAAAAGUCAGCCAAUGUAUACUUAAAUUAAAACAGAGUAGAGCAUCUUUUGUAUUAGAUAAAUCUUUAUGGCUCGACAUCAAUGUAUUACAGGGAUAGUUCACACAAACAUUUUAAUUGUAUUAUCAUUUACUUGACUUGUUCUAAAUUGUUAGAUUUUUUAAAAUUCUGUUGAAGAACAUUAGAAACCUAUAAUCAUUAAUAUUCAAAGUAAGGAACAUGGUGAUUACUGGUUUCCAAAAGUACAUUUGCUUUUCAACAGUUACUCAAAAGAGUUUGGGACAAGUAAAAGGUGAGUAAAUUAAAACGGAAUUAAAAUUUUGGAUGAACUAUCCCUUAAACUGUAAUUGAGCAAACAAAACACUAAACAAACACAUUUGUAAAUAUAUAUUCUAAAAUGUUUUUUUCAUUAUGUCAACAUUGUUUUUGGUCUUAAAAUUCAGCAGGUUGGCUGUAUUAUAAAGUCAUACAUGCACAAAAAUAAAAAAUGCAGAAGAAUAAACUAGUUUAGUACAACUUU